UCAUUUAGGGAUUGCCGAAGGAAGAAAAAGAAAAAAAGUUUUGAUGCCUCCAACUCUCCAUGUUUUUAUCUAACCGGUGACUGCUAUGGGUAGGGCAAGAAUCAAAGGAAGAGAUAUAGAUUAAGCAGUGGUGAUCAUCACCCUCCUCCUUGUCCACAGGAUAAGACCAGACCUUAAUUACAGGCACCAUGGAUGCCGAUGCGGAGGAGCAGGCACUUCUAUGGAAGAAAUCCCUCACCAGGUCCGUCUCGCGGGCUGAUGACGAGCUGUGCAGUUUCAGAACAUGCCUGAGAUGGAUGUGCGUGGACCAGUCUGAUCCAUGGCGAACCACGCUCUGCUGGUCCGUCUUCCUCGUCCUCGCAUUCGGGGUUCCCAUCCUCUCCCACCUGAUUCUCUGGUGCCCUGCCUGCGACCCCAAACACCAGAGGCCCUAUGACCUCCUUGUGGAGGUCUCCCUCACUUCCAUCUCCACGUUGUCUUUCCUAUCCCUGUCGUCGUUUGUCCGGAAGUAUGGCCUCCGGAGGUUCCUCUUCCUCGACAAGCUCUGUGAUGAAAGCGAAAAAGUCCGGCAGCAGUACUCUCACCAGCUAAAUAGUUCAUUCAGGCUGUUAUCAUGCUUUGUCCUCCCUUGUUUCGUCGUGGAGAUCGGCUACAAGGCAUGGUGGUACGUUUACGGAACAGCAAAGUUCCCUUUCAUUUGGAACGCUUAUGUAAGCGACACCAUCUCAUGCAUUCUGGAACUGUCGUCGUGGGUGUACCGGACGUCCAUCUUCUUCCUCGUCUGUGUGCUUUUCCAGCUGAUCUGCCAUCUACAGAUACUUAGGCUCCAGGAUUUCACCAAAGUCUUCCAAGCGGAGUCCGAUGUGGAAACCAUCUUGCGCGAACACCUGCGGGUACGUAAACAGCUUCGAGUCAUAAGCCACCGGUAUCGAGCCUUCAUCAUUUCCUCAUUGAUCGUCGUCACCAUUAGCCAAUUUGCGUCGUUGCUGGCCACUACCCGGUCGACCGCGCACAUUAAUCUCUUCAAAGCUGGUGAUGUUGCUCUGUGCUCUGUGGUGCUUCUCACUGGAUUGUUGAUAUGCUUGAGAAGUGCAGUCAAAAUUACGCAUAAGGCACAAGCUAUUGUCUCUCAUGCCGCCAAGUGGCACAUCUGCAUGACAUGUGAUUCUUUCGAAACUUUAGACUGUGAGACCCCCACUCGUGUCUCAGCUAAUCAGCGCGUCAGUCCCAUGUCCUCUUCAAGUGCCACUGAGCCUGAUUCAGACGACGAGGCUGCAGAUGAGGAUGAUUUUGAUGAAGACUUGAUAGUUCCUGCCUUGGCCAGUGCAGCAUCUUUCCAGAAGAGACAGGCUUUAGUGACCUAUUUUGAGCACAACAGAGCAGGCAUUUCUGUGUUUGGCUUGAUGCUGGACCGAUCAUCCCUGCACACUGUUUUUGGCAUCGAACUAUCCCUUGUGCUGUGGAUUUUGGGGAAGACUGUUGGCAUCUCUUAGCCUUCUCUUUUCAUACAACAACAUGACCUUUCUUUUUCUGAACUGGAUAGAAUCGUUUUGAGUAAAGAUGUAUCUGCUUUGAUCUUUC